CGCGCUGGGGAGCAGGAAGAAGAGCGUGAACAUGACCGAGUGCGUGCCCGUGCCCAGCUCCGAGCACGUCGCCGAGAUCGUGGGCCGGCAAGGCUGCAAAAUUAAAGCCCUACGCGCCAAGACCAACACGUACAUCAAGACGCCGGUCAGGGGCGAAGAGCCCGUUUUCAUCGUGACUGGGAGGAAGGAGGACGUGGAGAUGGCGAAAAGGGAGAUCCUCUCGGCCGCCGAGCACUUCUCCAUGAUCCGGGCGACACGCAACAAAGUGAACGGGCUGACGGGAGCGAUGCAGGGGCCCCCCAACCUGCCGGGACAGACCACCAUCCAGGUGAGGGUCCCGUACCGUGUGGUGGGGCUGGUGGUGGGGCCCAAGGGAGCCACCAUCAAGCGGAUCCAGCAGCAGACGCACACCUACAUCGUGACACCCAGCCGGGACAAGGAGCCUGUCUUCGAGGUGACGGGCAUGCCCGAGAACGUGGACCGGGCUAGGGAGGAGAUCGAGGCGCACAUCACCAUGCGGACAGGCUCCUUCAUCGACGUCAAUGCCGACAACGACUUCCACUCCAACGGCACCGACGUCUGCCUCGACCUGCAGGGCAGCACGGCCAGCCUGUGGGCCAAGGCCCCCCACCCUGCCCGCCGCCCCUCGGCCGCCCUCCGCAACGACAGCCUCAGCUCCCUGGGCAGCACCUCCACCGAGUCCUACUACAGCGGGCGGGUGGCGGACGCCAGCCCCACCAGCCCCUACAGCACCAGCAGCGGCUUCACCUUCAGCGAGCCCCCGGCCCCGCUGGGCUCGGAGGAGUGCGACUUCGGCUUCGACUUCUUGGCCCUCGACCUCACGACACCCACCACCAUCUGGUCGCCCUUCGAGCGCUCGGGCAACCCCUUGCAAGCCUUCAGCAGCUGCUCCUCCAUCAACAGCUCGCAGAGACGCAACAGCGGCACGGCCACGCCGCGCCACUCGCCCACCCUCCCCGAGAGCGGCGGCGUGGCCCUGGACCACCCCUUAGCGCGCCGCAUCCAGAGCGACCCCGUCAGCACCUUGUCCUGGCUGCCCACCCAAGGCUCGCUCUCCUCCUUCUCCAACAGCACCGGCUACUCCUCCUCCUCCUCCCUGCCCGGCAGCAUCUCCGCCGCCUCGGGCUCGCCCACCGACUCCAGCAGCUCCGACGGGCACCGCAAGAGCUCCCGCGAGUGCAUGGUGUGUUUCGAGAGCGAGGUGAUCGCCGCCUUGGUGCCCUGCGGCCACAACCUCUUCUGCAUGGAGUGCGCCAUGCGCAUCUGCGGCAAAGCCGAGCCCGAGUGUCCCGCUUGCCACACUCCCGCCACGCAAGCCAUCCACAUCUUCUCCUAG